CAUACCUACCGUAUGAAAAAAGAAAACACACACGGAUAGUUUCCCUUCAUUCGUUAGUAAAUAAACACUAUUGAGAAACGAUACAAGAAAUAUAAAAAAUUUUUUUAUUAUAUUUAUAUUAUUUUGAUCGUGUGAAAGUUUUGUUUAAUACUAUGAGUAACGAAAAUAUACCUUUAUUGGUCUCUGAACCAUAUAAACUUUAUUCCAGUGAUACUAAAAAUCGAGAAGUACAAUCAAGUCAAGAAUUACAACACUUUGCAGAAUCGUUUCAUCAACAUUACGAUGAACCAAGUUUUGAUUUUGUUGAAGACGUGAUUCCCGAAAAUGACCGAGCAACGCUCGCGUGGAAAGACGUAAUAGCAUAUUUUCAAUACCGGAAAAGUUUAUGGGCAUCGAAAAUUAGGAAGACGGGUGUGCUUCUUCACGGCGUUAGUGGCGUUGCCUAUCCGGGAGAAAUUUUAGCGAUUCUAGGUGGUAGCGGAUCUGGAAAAUCUACUUUGUUACACGCUAUAACUGGUACGCCGGUGAAACAUCUAAAAAGAAUGGGUGAAGUUCGUAUUAAUGGUGAAGAUGUAUGCUUUGAUCGUUUACGAAAUGUGUCAGGGCACGUCCAUCAACAUGAUAUUUUCAUACCAACGUUGACCGUAAGGGAACAUUUACUUUUCCAUGCUUAUCUUAGAAUGGAUCAAAAUGUCACUUUAGCCAAUCGAAAACGACGUGUUGAUAAAGUUUUAAUGGAAUUAUAUUUGAAAGACAAAGAAAAUUUUAGAUUAGGCUCUAUUUAUGGAGCAGUUUUAUCCAGUGGCGAAAGAAGACGAGUUUCGUUCGCCACAGAAAUUUUAAGUAAUCCCCUCAUAAUGUUUUGUGACGAGCCUACGAGUGGAUUGGAUACAUCAAUGGCGUUGCAAAUCGUACGGGUUUUACAAUCGAUGAAAAACAGUGGAAGAACUAUAUUGUGCUCCGUUCACCAACCUAAUUCUGACAUGUAUAACAUAUUCGAUAAAGUUUUAUAUUUAGUUGAAGGACGUCUGAUAUACCUUGGAGGAAGAGAAGCAGCUGAUACGUUCUUCAAGACUAAUGGAAUAGUUUGUCCGCAUCUCUUUAACCCAGCGGAUUAUUACAUAAGAAUGACGUCAAUAAAUCCAGAACAUGAAGAGAGAUGUUAUGAACGUAUUUCGUACUUAUUCCAAAAAUUUAGAACUUCAGAUGAGGGUUUGGAAUUAGACAGAGUUGUUAACUACAGAAAGAAUAUAAAUACGAAAAAUAUGAUUUCCUACUAUCACAAGGCUUCGUGUUGUGUGCAAUUUUGUGGAUUAAUAUGGAGAUCUUUGAUUAGUAUUCUUAAAGAUCCCGCACUUAUUAAAGUUAGAUUAUUUCAGACUGUGAUAACAUCUUUACUGAUAGCAGUGCUUUAUUUCAAUCAAAAAAUGAACCAAGAAGGCGUAAUGAAUCUUAAUGGUGUCUUAUUUUUAUUUUUAACCAGUAUGACGUUUCAAAAUGUCUUCGCUGUUAUUCAUACCUUCACCAUGGAAUUACCAAUAUUUCUUCGAGAACAUCGUAAACAAAUAUACCGCACCGAUAUAUAUUUUUUGAGUAAAACAUUGGCUGAGCUGCCAUUUUUUGUUAUAAUUCCUCUGGUAUUCACGUCGGUAUGCUAUUUCCUCGUUGGACUAAAUCCGCAUUUCAUUAAUUACGCCACCACAUGUGGAAUAAUGGUAUUGGUUGCUAACGUAGCUUUAGGUUAUGGAUAUUUCAUUUCGUGUAUGGCGAGCACCCAAUCGAUGGCUUUGUCCUUGGGGGGUAUUCUACUUAUUCCUUUUUUGCUGUUCGGAGGUUAUUUCAUGAAUUUGAAGUCUAUACCGAAAUAUUUCGAAUGGUUGUCGUACACAUCAUGGUUUAGACAUGGUAAUGAAGCUUUGAUGGUGAAUCAAUGGAAAGAUGUUACAAAUAUUCAAUGUUCUAAUAACAGCACGUUUUGUGCUAGAAAUGGACAGGAAGUGCUACAAGCGUAUAGUUUUAGGGAGGAAAAUUUUUAUAUGAACAUCGUAGUACUGUUAGCGGAAAUAAUCGUCUUCAGGGUAUUAGCUUACUCUGCACUUGUAGCAAAAACAAAAUAAAAGCUAACUCGAUGUUUUUAUUAUCAAAUUAUUGUGUUUAUUAUUUUUAUUAUAAAGCGCGUGUGUUGUAAUAAAUAAAUCUAUUCAUAUUUUAUAAAUUAUAUUCACUUUUUAUUCACAAAA